GAGGAACAUAACCUAUUUCUUUGAUUGCCAGAGGGAUUCGGUCGUCGAUUCAGACGCAACCAAGGCGAGGAAACAAUUAACCCGGGAAAGAUGUGAGCGCAUUUGUACCUUAAGUCCCGAUGGAUUAAUUACCUGGGCAGUGGCCUUCAUGCCUACUAUGUGGACAGCAAAUUUGAUGUCAAAGGAUACCUUUGAUUACGUAUUCGAGCAUAUUGAGCCAGACUCCUCCCCAGUGUGGCCACCCGACAUAUACCAUAUCUUAAGUGGUUUAGGAGCUGAAGAGCCAUUGCAAGGAUCUCACAAAUACCAUAGGUUUCUCAAAGCUGCUGAGGACGAAAAGAAAAAUUCGCAGAGUUCGAACCAGCCAAGAAAACGGAGGUGUGUUGUAGAUGGACCUACACCGGAGGGUGAACCAUCGUCGGCAGUGCAGACUAGUGAUUUGGCUACUCGGCCUCCAGCCGCCCAGUAUACCUCCGGGAGGGUUCAAUUGCCAGGCCUACGACAGAUGGCUCUUGUUCCAUCAUCCUUGAAUCACGACCAAACACAGGAUCGGGAAGAAUUAACCACCGGUAGUGGGUAUGAUGGCACUUUCGACGUUAAUAGACAGCGGCAUCCGCCGCUACAUCUAUACAAGGAAAACAGAGAAAUGAAGGAUAUGUACACAAAUGCGCUCGCUAGCAACAUAUCGAAAAUGCCAGAGCCAUUCAGAACAGCCAUUCAGAAUAGCCGGCUGUGGAAAUGGGAAAGAAGUCAAAAUAUGGAGAGGACAGGAUGCUGGCCAAUUUUGUUCCCGAAGGAUCACACACAAGAUGUCUCCUUUACCAUCUGGUGUAGUCACAACGACGGAUACUAUCUAACCGAUUUCUUCGGGACACAGUUUGAAAUCUCCUCCUAGCGGUCCAAUUUAACGGUAGCGCCUCUGACGUAACAAGUAUACCGGGCAGGAACAUCAUAUUUCACCUAUUGAGUCGUGGGGGUUUUAUUGACUUCGUGUAUUUUGUGCUCGCCUGUUUCCUCUUUGACGAUCUCGAUAUAAUAGCCUUUGAACCAUAUCGCCCUGUCGUUGGUAUCAUCUGGAGGGAAACGACAAGUGAUGUCGAAUUCAUAUUCUCCAGCAAGAGCGUUGUCGCCUGUCUGCGUGGAUACACACGUGUUAGCCAUAAGUACGUUUAAGGGAAUAAAUAAAAUUGAAGUUAAAAAGACCUAGCCGCCAUGAUC